AUGGCUGUUGGGGGCCGGGUGCCAUGGGAGCAGGACGAGCUUGAGGCUCGGUUUGGGGGUCUGUGGUCGAAGGGGUUUUUGAAGUCAAUUAUUGGAGUGCUGUGCAAGAAGAUUGGGAUGACGUGCGUGGCAGAUUUUAGGUAUACCAUACCGUGGUUCUCACCCUCCUUGAUCAGGGCGUAUGAGAAGUUCAGUCAAAAUGAUUAUCUGCUUACAGUUGCACUUCUUUGCGAUCUGAAGCUAUCCUUACGGGAUGAGCUGUUUUGGAAUGCUGGAGCCGUGGGUUAUGACCGUUAUAGGUUUGAGGAGGUUAUCGAGGAAAGUUUGGAUCCUCAGUGGGACCGCGAAUGCACAUACUACGGGAGUUUUCUGGAUGGAACUCAGGUUGGGGUUUGUAAGAGGGUUGUGAAACAGGCCAAGGUUUCGAGUCAGAACCCUCUUUAG